GCUAGAAGGAGCCACGGAGAGGAACCGACGCUAUUUUGUGGUGAUUAUAAAGAAAUAUGUCAUAUUAAACGUUUCUCAACUUGUGUGAAAAGAGGCAAAUAUGGAGGCAGAGAAUUGUCUUCCUCCUGGGUUCAGGUUCCAUCCAUCUGACGAAGAACUCAUCACAUAUUAUCUGACUCCAAAGGUGUCCGAGAAAAGCUUCACUUCGAAAGCCAUUGUCGACGUUGAUCUCAACAAGUGUGAGCCUUGGGACCUCCCUGGCAAAGCGUCCAUGGGAGAGAAAGAAUGGUACUUCUUCAGCUUGAGGGACAGGAAAUACCCUACUGGACUCCGGACCAACCGGGCGACAAGAGCGGGCUAUUGGAAAACCACCGGAAAGGACAGGGAGAUUUUCCGAGCCGGGCUUAUCGUCGGAAUGAAGAAAACCCUAGUGUUUUACAAAGGUAGAGCACCGAGGGGUGAGAAAAGCAAUUGGGUCAUGCAUGAAUAUAGGCUACAAAGCGAGCACCCAUAUCGAUCCGCGGACGGCUGGGUGGUUUGUAGGGUUUUCCAGAAGAGCGUGGCAGCAAAGAAGCUGCAGACGGCAUCCUCACCACCUUCUCCCGAUUCUCCCAACGGCGAAGAUACAACUGCAGACUAUUAUGGAGAUCAAGUGGAGACAAACAACAACAGUCCAAGCACCAUUAUUGCCACUUCAGGUGCAUUUAGCAAUCUUCCAUCAGGACUCGCUUGCAAUAGCUACACUAGCUUGAACAACAAUUUGAAUUGGCCAACGACAAGAGAACCGACAAGCUUGCUGCCACCGUCAUGGCCUUCUGGCUUUCCAAGCUUGAACUCGCCGUGGAAUACUCUCCUCCUCAAAGCAUUGCAGUUGAGGACUUUCCAACCAGGAGAAGUCACCGCCACCAUGCCUAACUACUCAUUACCAUCCCACGGGACUUCUCCUUUUGCGCAUGAUCCAAGUACUAAUUAUCGCAGUGAUAAUUCAUUGGAACCUUUCGAGCCCGGAAUCAACCAAGAACAGCAGGUGCUGCAAUUUAAUUGGACUACUCCAUAUGAGGGCAAUUAAAAUUGUAAAGUUAACACCAACAUUGUUGUAACUCUUACCCAUCUCUUAUAUGUAUUUACGUAAACAAGGGGGCCAGAUCCAUGGAGCACUAUAAGGAUAUGUUAGCACUUUGGUGAUGGAGAAGCUGUAACCUAGCACUCGUCUCAUCACUGCAGCAUUGUAACUUUUGGGGGAAGUCAAAAGUCAAAACGAUUUACCUGACGAUUAAUGAUCUGCGUGUAACAUAGCUGUAAUUUUCAUCUAGCUAGAAGAUGAACAAUCUGAAAAGCGAUUUGUC